GAGAAACUGAAGUGUAGUUGAGCUGUUGUGUGUUUGUGUCUCUGUAUCCAUGCAGUAAAAUGGCAGAAGCCAGAAUUUCUCAGGAUGAGUUCAUGUGUCCAGUGUGUCUGGAUCUCCUGAAGGAUCCAGUGGCCAUUCCCUGUGGGCACAGUUACUGUAAGAUCUGUAUUACAGGCUGCUGGGAUCAGGAGGAUCAGAUGAGAGUCUACAGCUGCCCUCAGUGCAGACAGACCUUCAGUCCAAGACCUGCUUUAGCUAAAAACACCAUUCUGGCUGAAAUGGUGGAGAAACUGAAGAAGAUUAAACUUCCUGCUGACUGUUACGCUGGAGCUGGAGAUGUGCAGUGUGAUGUCUGUACUGGAAGAAAACACAAAGCCGUCAAGUCCUGUCUGGUGUGUCUGAACUCUUACUGUCAGAAUCACCUUGAACAACAUGAGAGUUUGUUUAAAGGAAAGAGACACAAUCUGACUGAAGCCACUGGACGACUGCAGGAGAUGAUCUGCCAGAAACACGACAAGAUCCUUGAGGUUUUCUGCCGCACUGAUCAGCAGUGUAUAUGUGUGCUGUGUAUGAUGGAUGAACAUAAAAACCACGAUACUGUAUCAGCUGCAGCACAGAGGACAGAGAAACAGCACCAGCUGAAGGAGACACAGAGGUCGUUCCAGCAGAGGAUCCAGCAGAGAGAGGAAGAUCUUCAGCAGCUGAGAGAGGCUGUGGAGUCUCAUAAGCGCUCUGCACAGACAGCAGUGGAGGACAGUGAGAGGAUCUUCACUGAGCUCAUCCGCUCCAUUGAGAGAAGCCGCUCUGAGGCCACACAGCGGAUCAGAGAUCAGGAAAAGACUGCAGUGAGUCUAGCUGAAGGACGACUGGAGCGACUGGAGCAUGAGAUCAAUGAUCUGAGGAGGAGAGACGCUGAGCUGGAGCAGCUUUCACACACACAGGAUCACAUCCAUUUCCUGCAGAGUUUCCAGUCUCUCUCAGCUCCUCCUGAAUCUACAGAUGUAAAUGACGAUCCCUUCAGUUCUCUCUCCUCUUUUGAUGGUGUGAGAGAAACUGUCCAUCAGCUGAGAGACAAACUGAAGGAUUUCUGCAAAGAGGAGCUGAAGAAGAUCUCUGACAGAGUCACUUUCACCAACAUUGUUCCCAGAACCAGGAACGACUUCCUACAGUAUUCCCAUCAGCUCAAUCUGGAUCUGAACACAGUGAAUAAACUCCUCCAUCUGUCUGAGAAGAACAGAGUGAUUACUGGCACUGUCACAGAGCAUCCGUAUCCUGAUCAUCCAGACAGAUUUGAUGGAUAUAAUCUUCAGGUGUUGUGUAGAGAGAGUGUGUGUGGACGCUGUUACUGGGAGAUUGAGAAGAGUGGGUAUGAUGUGCAUAUAUCAGUGUCAUAUAAGAGCAUCAGCAGGAAGGGAUCGGGUAAUGACUGUGUGUUUGGAUAUAAUGAUCAGUCCUGGAGUUUGAUCUACUUUUCCUCCAGUUACUCAUUCAGACACAAUAACAUAGAGACUAAACUCCCAGUAAUGUCCAUCAUCAGGAGAAUAGGAGUGUAUGUGGAUCACAGUGCAGGAACUCUGUCCUUCUACAGCGUCUCUGGAGACACAAUGAGCCUCAUCCACACAGUCCAGACCACAUUCACUCAACCGCUCUAUCCUGGGUUUUAUGUUGGUCUUUUAUCAUCAGUGAAACUGUGUUGA